CACAACCCUUCAGUCGCCGCCAAACCGUCGUACGAUACGUUCUCUGGAGAAAUGUGCCUGUAGCUGUCUCCUACAUAUUAGGACUGACCAGUUAUUGUGCCAUACAGGAGGAUGAAUUGGUCCUCUGCGGCCAUAUUCCUCGCCCUCCUCUUCACAACUGCAUGUUCUCAACGAGGGGGUCGUCGCUAUCUUCCAGACCAACCGCUUGAGGAAAGUUUAGCGGUAGAUAAUCACAGAUUUCAAACAAGAUCUAGGGGAGAUGUGGAAGAUGCAAGAAGAGGAGAUGGUAGAAGGGCAAGAAUCCAAGAAACAACUGAAACCAACUCACGUUUAAUCAAAGGUAGAUCUCGAGUCAAUAUAGAGGAAACAAGACAGUUUCAUUCACGCUUUGGGAAAGAACAAGAAAGUAAGCCUGCAGAAAAUAGACAAUUUGCUUCUCGUCGUUCAUUAGAAACUGAACCUACCAGGCAAAGUUCACAUGAGAGAACUGGAAAUGAAAGAUUUAGGUCUCGUGAGUCUUCAACAAUCGAAGAUGCUUCCAAAGUUAAAAAUUCGAGGGGUAGAACGAGAGUGGAGAGUACAACAGUAGAAUAUAGGACUAGAGGCACAGAAACUAAAAGAUUUCCCAGUCGAGGUACUCAAGAAGGAGAAGUAAGCAGAAACAGUAAAGAUUUGGAUCAUUUUAAUGUUGGUGAAAGACCAGAAAGUAGGCGCAGAAGUCAAACUAUAAGAAAAAAUGUGAUAGAACCUCCUAAAAAUACGGAGCCUGUGACAGAAGGAUUUAUUUCUCGUCAGUCUUUGAGAGAAGAAAUCCAAAGGGGUGGAGUCAAAGAAACGACAGAAAAAAAUACACAAAAUCAUCAUAGUAUUCCUAUCACAGAGGGAAAAGUUCCGGAUCUUACUAGUGCAUCAAAUGAAAUUGAAAUUGAAAAAAGAACAAGACCACUGGAUCCUACAGUAACUGAAAAACUGCAUUCUAGGCAAGUUGGUCGAAAAGAAAUUAGGCGAAGUAGAGUUGAUCUGUCAACAGAAAAUACAAUUCAUUCUCAAAGAAGUGGAAGGAAGAAAACUGAAGAACUUCAAACAAGAGGAAAUGGUUCAGAAUCACGAAGACGAUCAAGACCAACAGAUGUAUCUGUAACAGAAAGGUUUCAUUCUCGACAAUUAAGUAGAGAUGAUUAUCCUCCUAAAAGAAGUAGACUAAACUCAUCAACAGAGAAAAUUAGAAGUGAUAAUGGUAAUGCUCAUGUAGCAAGAGGUAGAAAAGGUCAAAAAUUUACAAGUCGGGGAAGUGAAGCAGAGUUUGAAAAAAGGAGACAAAGUGAGAUUUCCUCAACUGAAAGAUUCCAUUCAAGAGAAUCAGAAAGAGAAAAAUUACAAAGUCGGAUUGAACCCUCAACAUCACCUAGCACUGAAACAGAAGUAAGUCCAGAACUUUCUAAUAAAGAAACUAAUACUGUAGAUGCUGAAAAUAAAAUACAAACAGAAAGUGUAGUGAGCGAGCCAACAGCUGAAGCAAAUAUAGAUGAUAUAAAACCCGUUACUAGUCAACCUGAUCCAUUGUCAACAGAGAAUACAGUUGAUUUUCCUAUUAAAUCAAAUGAUGUUGAAGAACCUAAUAGAACUUCUAGAAAAUUAGAAGUUGAUAUUCCUGAAAGAAUUAAUCAAAACCACCACAGAGGACAAAACCAUGAUUUCGAAACUUCUAGAAGAGGGAGAUUAGAAUCUACUCUUUCUAGAGACAGAAGCAGGUCACAAGAAUCUCCUGCCAGAGGCACUGAAGGUCGCAGACCAUCUCGGCGAUUCAGAACUCAAAGUCCAGAUUCAUCAAAAGAAACUUAUGAUGAAAGCAAGGGCAGAAGAACACAACAAAGAUUACCUUCAAGAACAAGAAAUGUAGAUACACCUAGUGAACGUGGGAGACAAAAGGUAGAUGGAGAAAAAAGAAAGAUAUCUCCAAGGCACAGAAGUGAGUCAGGAGUAGCUAGAUCAAGAAAUGUCGAAAGAAUUCCUCAAACAGCACAAGUAACAGAACCUGUCACAGAAAGCAGGGUAGAAAACAAAGUUUCGAUUGAAACUCAGAUUCAAAAUGAGCAAAAAAAUGAAGUAACAGCAGCAGAACCUGCUGAAACUCAAGUUACCUCAACACAGAGGGUACUUUCAAGAAAUAUCAGCCACAAACCAGGCAAUAGAGGAAGAGGCAAUGUUAAGGGGACAAAUGUCCAGACAGAAAAAGAGCAUUCUGGGGAAGUUAAAGAUGAGGACAACUACCCAGAAGUUUAUAAGCAACUGAAGAAAUCAGGAACUGAUCCUAAAGAUAUACUGGCAUUGUUGAAAGCAAGAAAGGCAGUGAGAGAAAAACUUGAAAAGACAAAUAGCAAAAUUUCCCAGCCUGAUACAUCCCUGAACCCUAGUCAACAACCUGUUUUUGGAUCUGAUGAAAUAAAAACACCGGUGCUUCGCGGAACAACUUUACGUAAUUCAAACCUCAGAUCAAGAGAUCAUAAGAGUGAAGAAAUAAAUCAAAAAAUUGAAUCAAAAAUAACUAAUGAUGAAACUAAAAAUUCAGUGAGUAGUACUGAAAAAAUUGAACGGUUUUCAAAUUUCCGAAGCAGUCGAUUUAAAACACCGAGAACAUACAAUCAGAAGAGUGAUGUUCCAACCACAGUAAAAACUACUCAUGAAUUGACCACUGAAGAAAAACUAUUGCAAGAUGAAGCUCCAAAAGAAAAGAAAUACAAUCCUUACAAUUAUCAAGAAAUAAGGUCUUUUAACAGAAAAAAAAUUUCUAAUCUUCCAGAACGAAGUAAAAAUUACAGAAAUACAGUGAAAAGUUUUAAAAAUAGUGAUGAACAAAAGCUAGAAGAAAAGAAUGUAAACGAGCUUCAUUUAACUGAAAAUCAAGAGCCAGCUGUAGACAAAAUAAAAAAAAGCUUUACUAGUCCAGAAAGCACCAGAUUUCGGAACAGAUUUAAAAAUAAUAUCAAUCCUAGCUUAAAGAGAGGAGGGAUAGUAAGUCAAAAUAAUGUUGAUGAAAUCAAUAAUGAAGAAACGCCUAGAACUGAAAGAACCAGAAGCUUUACUGGUCCCGGCAUUAGUAGGUCAAGAAGUCCAUCGAAGAGUAAUAGUCAUGAAACUAAAAAUAAUGAAGAUGAAGAUGGAUUAAAACAAAAUGAUGAACUUAAAGAUACUAAUGAGGAUGAAAAUUUUGAAAAAGAAAGGAAGUUGUCUAGUAGAGAGGAAAAGGAAUCAACUCCACAAAGUUCACUAGCUAAAGAAACAUCUGAAAAAGGUAGAAAGUUUGGAUUAACAGCUGCUGAUAACAAUAAAUUUAGAAAUAAAUUUUCCACUAGACCUCAAGAAAAGUCUGAUAGUGAAUCGAUCAAACCUCUGAGAAGAACAAGUUUCACAAAUCCAGGAAUAAGUAAAUUUAAAUCAAGAAAAGAAAAUGACAUUGAAACAUCCUCUCCUGAAUCAAACACCGAAAAAACUAAAACAAGAUCUAAUUAUAUUCCACGGAACAGAGAAGGGGAUAUUAGAAAGUUUAAGGCGAGAACAGAAAAGACCCUCGAAGAUGUAUCUAUUGAACCUUCGAUUAAUCGAAAUUACAACCUUUUUAAUCGUAAUGAACACUCUUUCCGAAGAAGAAGUUUUACUUCACCAGCUUCUGAAGGAACUGAAAUAUUGACAACUAUUCAAUACAAAAACUCUAUGGUUGCUGCCAGAACUCGCCCUCCUUUUGUUCCACAAAGGAAGAAGUUUGUAAAAACUAGUACACUUGACCCAAUGCCUAUAUCCAGGUUUAAAGCGAGAAAGGCCUCAUUAUCAAAGUUAUUCAAUGAAGAAGUAUUAAAGGAAGAAGAUGAUCUGAGACCAAACAUUGAUGACUUGAGUAUAGAUUCAUUGGUAUCUGAAUCCGAACACUCAUCAUUAACAACAGAGAUCUCAGCACGGAGGCGACCAAAGUAUACUGAAAGUCACAUUCAAAAAGUUCCUCCAAAAAGAAGAGGCAGUGAAUACUUUAAAUUGGCCUCUUUCUCAUCGACAACAAGCAAGACUGAAGUUUAUACAGUAUUAGCUGUUCCAUAUUAUGAUGAAAGUACCUCUGCCCCUGAAACAACAAUAUCAACAGAAUUUGUUUUGGAUCCAACUACACAUUCAACAACAUUGAGUGACAUAAUACCUUCAACUACGCCCAUCUCAACAACAGACUUUGCAAGUACACUUUAUAGCACUACUGAAGCAUCCAGUACAUCUUUUAGCACAACCGAAACACCCAGUACAACUACCAUUACUACAACAGAAACACCUCAAAGUAGUACUUCAAGUUCAUACACUUCAGAACUGACAACCAUUAAACCUACAACUACUGAACCUACAUCCAUUAAAACUACAACAGAUUAUAUAAUGACUAAAACUACUACUGAACCACUAACUACCAGUACAACUGAAUUAAUAACAACUAUACCUACUACCUCUACCAUAUUCCCUACUACAAUUACCACUACAAUCACAACUACAACAAAAAAACCUACUACGACCACUACAAAACGACCUACUACGACCACAACUACUACAAAACGACCUACUACCACAACGAUUACUACAAAACGACCUACUACCACUACAACUACUACAAAACGACCUACUACCACCACAACUACUACUAAACGACCCACUACCACCACUAAAACUACAAAGCGUCCCGCUACCACCACUACUACUACUACUACAAAACGACCGACGAAAUCAUCUACAAGUGGAUCUACCAAGCCAACUACUAGGAAGACUACUGUAGUUAGCACUACUAAGUCAACAACAAAGAAACCUUCUGUAACUAGCACUAAAGUGCCCAUUACUAAAAAAACAACUCCUAAACCCACUGUCAGAGCCACAAUACUUAACUCUACUGAAAAGCCUUCAUCAAUCCCAGUAACUACGCACAGCACUCCAAUAUCAUCAACUCAAAAAGAUUCUCAUCUCACAACAACUUUUAAAAUUGAUGAGUUGUUAUCUGCAACUCAUCCUAACUUCUUAUCAACUAUAGCGUAUCUCGCCAGAAACUUAACCGUGACCCCUACUUCGUAUGAAAAUGCCAACACAGCUAAUUUCAGAACACCUUCUAUUCCAACUGAAAAUACCACACCAAUGCAAAAUCAAUCAGCCAUGAAGAAUGACUAUUUUGUUUAUGGAUUAUUGCCAAAUAAUAAUGUAGUUCGGAAAGUCGUGAAAACAACAGCAUCUCCAAUGGAUGUACCAUUCUAUAUUUAUGGGCUAUAUCCAAACGGCACCAUUGUUAGGAGAUUCCCAAAUGGUACUAUAGUCCCUGACGAAACUGAAGAGGAAAAUGAAGUAAUUGGAAGGAUUGAGCCUGGCAGCGAAGAGUCCUUAGAAACUGUUGUUAAAAAGGACAACCCACUGUCCUACCUCUACCCUCCUGGUCAUGAAAAAACUACUACUAAGACAACCCGUGUUUCCAGUACAACAACUAUUAAACAAACUGAAUCACCUUCAGAAGUAAUACCAAUAGACCCAAGAAUAGCUCCAAUAUCAAGUAUUGAGAAACCAGUAAUAAGCAUACAAGACAUUGCUUCACACUCUGGCCCAACUACUGUUAAAUAUACAACAAAAUUGACAACCGCAAAACCCCAAACGAAGUCAACGACUACCAAAUCUACAACCAAAUUUACAACCACAAAACCUCCGACAAAAUCAACAACCACCAAGUCUACAACUAAAUUGACAACCAAAAAGCCUCCAACAAAAUCAACAACUACCAAAUCUACAACAAAAUUGACAACCACAAAGCCUCCAACAAAAUCAACAACUACCAAAUCUACAACAAAAUUGACGACGGUCAAACCUACAAUGAAACAAGCUAUAAAGCAAACAAGUGCCACAACUCAGAAGACAUCUGUCAAGCCAGCCACAAAAGCUCCAGUGACAAAGGCUGUCAAUAUUAAAUUAACAACAGCAAAACCUACUACGAAAACAACUACAAAGCCUUUGACCUCAAAACCAACUUCAAAGCCAACUUCUGCAAGACCUAUUUCUAAAACAACUACUUCAAAACCUACUCCUAAGACAACUUCCAAACCUACUGUAAGAGCUACUACAACUAAACCUACUCCAAAGACUACUGUAACAAAAUCAACACCAAAGUCUACAGCAAAUAAACCUACUACAAAAUCUCCUGUUACCACGAUCAAGCUAAGUUCCUCUCCUUCAACUAAAUCCACCAUGAGGACAACUCCUAAACCAAAAACUACAACAAAAAUUCCAGUUGCAACUAACAAUAAAUUAAUUACUUCAACAUCAAAACCUCCCCCUAAAGCUCUAACUACUAAACCAAAUAAAAAAUCUCAAGAAAAGAGUACAAUUAAAACAAUUACUACUCCAUUAUCAGAUGCCGAACUUCUUAACAAUUUGUUGAGUCAAGAUGUAAAAGAAAUAAUUCCUAAAGGGACAACUGAAAGUACUGUUGCAUUAGCGGAUAAGGUUAUACAAUUAGCUAUUGAAAGAGCACAGAAGUCCUCCACAGCAUCUCCAGUAUUGAGUCCAGAUGAUUUACAAUCACUAUCGACUACAUCGACUCCUGUUCAGAAACAGUCUUUAGGAGGAAAACUCAAUGGGAAAUCUAAUAAAUUAAGCGAUGAAACCAACACAAAUAAAACUGGAAAAAUUUCUGUAUGGGUAAUUCCACCAGAUGAAUCUACAACUAGCAAACCAAAUAUUGGUGUCUCUAAAUCCGAAGCAGAAUUGCUGAAUGCUCUGUUGUCAUCACCUAAUACUAUAGAAAAUUUAUCUCUCUCUGAUCAACUUCUACUUGCAGAUAUUAUUAGUUCGACGGCUGCUCCACAAACUACAAGAAAGAAAAAGAAAAAGUCAAGAACAACAACUACAACAACCACACCUCCACCUCCUGCAUUCCCUAUACUUCAAUACUUAUUUGGCCGAAAUAGGGGUGGAGGUGGUGGACUAUUUCAGCGAGGGCUUUUCCGAGGAGGAGGCCUCAGGAAUUUAGAAUCUGCAACCCCUUCACCACAGAAUGAUGGUGGAAUUUUCCAAAAUGAUGGACUUCCUCAGGGACAAGGGGAACUAGCAGCUGAAUCACAGGAAGACCCUCAGCAAGGAGAAGGAGGACCAGGACUAGUCAGUGCUGCUAUUAACGUAUCCCGAGCCGUUUCUCAAUUUAUGGGAUUUGUAAUUCAGGGUGCAGCCCAAUCAUUCCAAAACUAUCUGCAGACAAGAACAAGGGCAUUAGCCAAUGCUCUAGCCUAUCCUCCCGCAUCUUAGAAUAGUUUAUUGUUAUUAAUACUGUAUAUAUUGUUCAAAUGUACAUAUAUAAUUAGUAAUAAUGUAUUAUAUUCUGUUAAAUUGUAUAUUAAGUGAAUUAAUGAGAGUAUGAAAGUAUAUAUGAGAGCUUGGAUUUGUUAUGGAUGAUGCAAAUGAAAAUCAAAUCAACCGACUG